AUGGCUCGCAAAGCUGGCGACCCUGCCCCUCGCGUCUCCGCAGCCGGUAUGGCGGGCCGGGGCAACGGGGUUCCUCCGCCGUCUACCAUCGCCGCUCAGAUCGUCGACAAUCAUUCUCGUACACAUGGGGCCCAAGAGCCUCAAAACAACGCGCUCUUUGGCCAGCUUCUGCAGGAGUUUUUGACAGAUCCGUCUGCGGAAGAGUCUGAUGUGCGACUCAAUUUGCAGCUGGUUUCUGUCGUUGUCGAGGCCGGCUUCAAUGCUCUGCUCAAAGAGGAUCCUUUCGGCCGCGACCUGCUGCUUUCGCAAGCCAGAGAUGCCAUUCUCACGGCGCUGGAGAGCCAAAGCUCGACCCUCCUUGCAGGUCCCUUUUACAAGGUCACCCUUCCUCCACCUAACAUGGUCUCAUGUCUGCUUCCCGAUGGACAACAAAUCGUGGCCAUCCCUCAAAACUGUCAAAUGGAGACAAAUAGUCUCCCACAAGCUGCCAACAUUGCUCUGGCGCUCGUCGAAACUAUCUGCAGGUGCCUUGACCAACCCUGGGUCACAUGUAUUGCAGUCACUGUUCAGGCUACGAUGCCUGAAUGGAUUGCUGACGGCCUUGAUCGUCUGUGGGCUUGUUGUAGAAGGCCGAACCUCUUGCAAAAGCCCCAGAAAGAUGAUCUUGAUCUGCUUUUGCACUCGUUCCUCUCGGUCUUGAGAUCAUUUGCACCACAGGCUGCUCCGGAGCAAACGGCAGUCAUCCACACCCCAAAGACUUCAACUGCGUUCUAUGAGAUACUCUCCGAGAUUACUGAACAGAUAUGCGAUUUGCCGGCUCGCUCGACUGUUCAGCUAGAACUUUCUGAUGUCCUCCUCACCACCAUUUGGCUCAACCGGCCUACGAAAUCGGAUCAAUGUCCGUUGUUCGAGACCACUCCACCAACCGGCAGCAUUUUCAACGAGGUGUUUCUCUCGACUAUAGACUCGAUUGCCCAGGAUGACACGCGGACUGCCCUUCUUGAGCACGAUCUACGGAGCGCCAUCGCCCUCUGUGUUAAACGCAUGGACAGACUGAGCGAGAAACGGAUAGAAUCUCAAAUGUCCUUCGAAGCACAGUGGACGAAAGGAGCUACCGAUAUUGAAGAUACCUUUUUGCUGGAUAAGUUUUCCGAACUACUCCUUGAAACCCAACCAGAAGAGUUUCCGGACAACGAAAGGCCACGGAAACGACAACGCGUCGAUGUGCCAACUCAAAAGCCGCGGUCAAAAUCGUACUGGGACCAUCUGGUCAUCAAAGCGAGCAUGUAUCUGAGUGACGGCGAUCAAUCGGGUCUGAAGGGCAUGAGGACUGCAGUAGAGGAAAAGUUUCCAAAAUUGUCGGAAAGCGACAAGUGCAGAGCCCUGACUGCGUUCAUGAGGCUACCUUGUGCAGCUAUGGACACGCUGAAAGCAAACAUUCUCAGUAACGGUGACAUCGCCGACUCGAGCUGCGCCAUAUGCGACAACGGAGAUAACAGGACAUCUCAUGGCCACCGGACCUGGAACACCGAUGGCACCGGAGAGGCAUGGAAGGAUGCCAUUACGGUCAUGGAGAAAAUUGUCAGUUGCCCAGAUCUUCAGCGAUGCAAGGCGCCUCGAGUAUUGGCUGCUACAGCAAUUAAAAAUUUGUUGAGCCACAUCAAUGACCGAGAAGCCCUUAGCCUGACGAAAUCCUCGCUUGGGCAAUGGUGUAUGAAGUCCUUGAAAAGUUCACUGCGGGAACUACGUCUUGCUGCGGGACAUGCUCUCCCGGUCUUUUUGCAUGACGGAGUACCGGAAGACAUUCGGCAGAAGAACCGCAUCGCUGCUCUUAAUUUCUUGGUUCAAAUCGCAGAUCGGGACGAGCUUAACGAGCAGGAGACGCUCAUUGUCGCGUGGGGACAAGUGGCUAGAGUUUGUGGCGAUGACGAACUCAACAUUGCGCUUCUGCAACUAGUCAAUUACCUGGGACACACCAAUCCUGUUAUAUGCAGCGUGGCAUAUUAUGAGCUCCAAGCCCUAGCUCAAGCGUUCAACUGCAAGCCGGGGGAUAUGCUAAGACCUUUUUGGAGAAACGUCGGCUUUGAAGUGUUCAAGGACCUCUGUGUCCGACCGCAAAAGGCCCAGUCACUUUCGGACCUCCUCGAGACCAGCGUAAAUCAACUUCUUCUAUUGACUCAACGAGAAGUCAUCCCAUACCUUGUCCUCAUGAAGAAGAAGGACGUCCUGAAGCGAGUUGCAGCGGCGCGACAGACGACUGUCCAAGACGUCUGCCUGCAGCCGAAGGAGAAUCUCGCUGCGAUCUUGGCCACUCUGCUGAUACAUCCCGCUGACGAUAUCGAAACAUCCACCUCUGCGCUCCUGUGCGAAUCCGUACCAGAUUUUGAGAAGGAGGACUUGAGCAGCUUGAUCAAGCUCUCACCCACCUACAUCGCCUGCGACAUUCUCAAAGCCUCGGCUGGAGAAGAAGGCGCAAGGAAGAAAGAGAUCCAUCGAGCGUUCUGUACUUUUGCUGCUCUUUCACUUUGUGAACGGCGCAGUGGAACCUCUAGCCGCCAGAGCACCAAGGAACAAAACGUUCUGGCGCAAUUCUUCCAGGCCAAUAUCCUCGGAAUCAUGGCCCAUUUGUCGAGUACCAUGGACAGCUCGAGAGCAUCGUCAUCGCUUUGGGAGAGAAAUAGGAGCCUUGGCGCCAUCGAGGAUCUCAUCGUUUUAGCGGGCGCCCACGUCAGCCCCGCGCUGCCUCAAGUUCGCGCAUGCCUCCAAUCGGCCUUAGACGUGCCUCAGUUGUGCAACAAGGCAUUCUACGUGUGGUCUUCUCUCAUCAAUGCUGUGGAGAAGGGCGAGAUUAAAUUGCUGAUCGACCAAACCUUUUCUGUAGUGGUCCGCUACUGGGACUCGUUCACACAGGACGUCCAAAAGGAGGCCUACAGCGUCAUCUCAGCCAUCGUACAUGACCACAACGAACUUCUUCGGGAGAGAAUCGACAUGCUCCCAACGUUGCAGUCCAUUCCGCUGUUCAACAAGAUCGAGUCCCAGAUCAAUCAGUUCCGCCAAAAAUCCUCGGUGAACCAGUUUGAAGCCUUUACGCGCCGCUGCCAGGAUGAGAACGCAUCAGUCGUCGCUCAAGCUUUGAAAGAAUUGAGAUUGUACUUGGAGACUGACCAGGAAUUCAUCCACGAAACCACCGUUGCUCAGCACCCGAGUAAUGUGGUGGCACAGCUUUGCCGCUCCAUACUAGAUGCUUCCGUCAGGUUCACCGAGAGUCGUUCCGAGAUUGCCAUCCUAGCUGCGCAAUGUCUUGGCCUCGUGGGCUGCUUAGAUCCGUCUCGAAUCGAGACAGUGCGGCCAAGGCGGGAGAUUCUCGUACUCUCGAACUUGGACCGGUUCGAUGAAGCCGUCGAAUUCAUUGCAUUCAUGCUGGAGUCGGUACUGGUGAAAGCCUUCCAGUCAGCCACCAACGCAAUAUCGCAAGCAUUCAUCGCCUAUGCUAUGCAGGAAAUGCUCAAGUUCUGUGGUUUCAGCAGCGAAGCUACUGCAUAUCGACUGCGUUCGUCGCAAGGAAGUCCAUCCUACCAACGCUGGAGUGAGAUUCCUGAAACAAUCCGAAGCACGCUCACGCCUUUCUUGAGCUCGAAAUAUGAGGUCAACCGGAGAGAUAAUCAGGAGCCAACCCAAGAAUACCCGAUCUACAAACCAAAACUCACCCACGCCAUGUGGCUGCGAGAUUUUGUUCACGAUCUGCUCCUACGGCCCAAGGGGAAAAACACGCGCGAAAUUUUCCCAAUUCUGUCCAAGAUCAUCAGAGGGCAUGACUUGGCUAUCCCGACAUUCCUACUUCCGUUUACUGCUGUCAAUGUCAUCCUCGAAGGAACUGAGAAGGAGGUCGAGAACAUCGUCCAAGAACUGGUCUUGGUCCUGGAGACAAGCGUAGAUGGGCCAGGGCCUGAGGCUGACUCAUUGAAACAGUGCAGCGAGAACGUCUUCCAAGUGCUUGACUAUAUGUCGAAAUGGCUGCAAGAAAAGCGUAAGCAGCUGAACGAAAGCCGUCUGCUUGCGUCCAGAUCCGGAAAGAUGCCGUCAGAGCUUGACGAGCUUAAAUCCGUCUCGCAGAUCAGCAGCAUUGAGCGCGUUCUGCAUGCCAUACCGGCUGAGGUCAUAUCUCGCCGCGCCGUGGAAUGUGGCUCCUACGCUCGUGCUCUUUUCCACUGGGAGCAGUACGUGCGUCAGAAGAAGGAGCAAGCGGAGACUUCCAAUAAAGCCAUUGAUCAGGAGAACCUCUAUCAACACCUUCAGUAUAUCUACACUCAAAUUGAUGAACCAGACGGCAUUGAGGGAAUUUCUGCUCAUCUGCAGAUCCUCGACCCGUCCCAGCAAGUCCUGGAGCAUCGAAAAGCUGGCAGGUGGACGGCUGCACAGAGCUGGUAUGAAUUAUCCUUGGCCGAGAAGCCGGAUGAUCCAGAAAUCCAGUAUCAGCUCCUCAGUUGUCUGCGAGAGUCUAACCAGUACGACUCCCUACUGGUUCAGGUCCAGAGUUUCCAGAAGUCAGCAGGACCAUGUGCGCCCAAGAUUCUUUCGCUUGCAGCGGAAGCUUCGUGGGUCACUGGGAAGUGGAAGGUGCUUGGGGACCUCUUGUCUACGGCUCCGGCUGGUCUGCAGGAGUUCAACGUCGCUGUUGGCGAUGUCUUGCUGUCGCUACGACAGAAGGAUGUGAAUGGUUUCAUCGCGAAGAUCAACGACCUACGAGAGUCAAUCGCUCGAGGACUAUCGCCUUCAACCACGGCCUCGCUGCAGGCGUGCCACGACCCGAUGCUGAAGUUACACGUUCUCUAUGAGAUUGAAGCAAUCAGUGGAGCAGCUGACGCUUCCUCAAUGAGUCGCACAGACCUUCUCAAGAACAUGGACCGGCGCCUUGAUUUCUUAGGAGCAUACACGGCAGAAAAGCAGUACAUCCUAGGGUUAAGGCGGGCUACCAUGCAGCUAUCCGCACGAGACUUCACUGGUCUUGACAUUGCCUCUUCCUGGCUCACAACAUCAAAGUUGGCCAGAAAGGCAAAUCAAAACAACACCGCUUUCGACGCAGUCCUUCACGCAACCCGCCUCGGGGAGAGUGAAGCAAAGAUCGAGCACUCGCGGCUUCUCUGGAAGGACGGGCAUCACCGAAAAGCAAUCCAGAAUCUCGAGGGUGCGAUCGCCGCAAACAUCUUCUCGCGCGAGCAAACCCCGAGCAAUGCUGGAGACAGCAUGUCGACCAACAUGACCGAUGAGCAACGCCAAGUCGCCGACAGGCUUGCAGCACGAGCAUAUCUCUUGAAAGCCAAGUGGCUGGACCAGUCCGGACAGUCGGCUUCCAACACCAUCGUGCAGUGCUAUUACACCGCAAUCAAGCUCCACAACAAAUGGGAAAAGGGGCAUUAUUACCUGGGGAAACACUACAACAAGCUACUGGAGUCGGACAAAACGCAACCCAAAGUCAGCUUUUCGACCAAGUGCGGCGAGACGGCCCGGCUUAUCAUUGAAAACUACCUUCGAGCCGUCUUGUUCGGCGUCAAGCACCUUUACGAAACCAUUCCCAAAGUGCUUACUCUGUGGCUCGAUCUUGGAAUGACGGCAUCUGGGGACAAUGUGCCGAAAGACUAUGAGAGAAACCGGCAGCAAUAUGAACUUCAGGAACACGUCGCUGCCGUCCGUGCCCUUCGCCUGGACAUGAUCCAUUUACAGUUCAAGAAGUACGUUCUGGACAGGCUGCCAGCUUACCUGCUCUAUACGGCGCUGGCACAGAUGAUCACGCGCAUCAGCCAUCCGCACAAUCAGACGUACGACAUGCUUUCGAAGAUCAUUAUCAAGGUCGCAGAAGCCCAUCCCCAGCAAUCGCUUUGGAGUCUUCUUGCGGUGAUCAAAUCCAAGAACCACGAUCGCAGCAGUCGGGGCGCACAUUUAUUGGCAAAGUUGAAGGAAGUCAGCAAGAAGACCAAGACAAGUUCAUCGGGUCCAGAUGUGCGGACGCUGAUCGUGCAGGGAGACAAGCUCUCAACGGCUCUGCUGCAUGCGUGCGAUGCUGCAUUACCGGACAGGCAAACACGCUUCAGUCUCUCCAAGCACAUGGGCUUCUCGCAUAAGCUGGCCCCUUGCGGUCUGGUCGUGCCGAUCGAGACGACCCUGAUCGCGAGUCUGCCCCGUAACGGAGAGGUGUCGCCGAGAGCAUACAAGGCUGCGUUUUCUGGGAACGUCAUCACCAUCUCGUCCUUCAGCGAUGACGUUCUUGUACUCAGUUCCCUCCAGCGGCCGCGAAAGCUGAUCGUGCGCGGUUCGGACGGUCUGCCUUACGGCCUUCUCUGCAAGCCCAAGGACGACCUUCGGAAGGAUCAACGGUUGAUGGAGUUCAACGCAAUGGUCAACAGGGCACUUUUGGGUGACGUCGAAUCCAGCAAGAGGAGGCUCGACAUCAAGACGUACGCAGUCACGCCGCUGAACGAAGAAUGCGGGGCCAUCGAAUGGGUGGAAGGGCUGAAGCCCAUGCGAGACAUCAUACUCAAGCUCUACCGCGAGAAGGGCAUCAAGAUCGACUACACGGACAUCCGCGACAAGCUCAAGGACGCCUGCGCCAGCCGCGCCAACGUGCACAUCUUCACGGACAAGGUGCUCGGCCACCUCCGGCCCGUCCUGCACGAGUGGUUCAUCGAGUCCUUCCCGGAGCCCGAGGCGUGGCUCGCGGCGCGGCUCAAGUACACGCGCUCGUGCGCCGUCAUGUCCAUCGUCGGCCACGUGCUGGGGCUCGGCGACCGCCACGGCGAGAACCUGCUGCUGAUCGAGGAGGACGGCCGCGUCUUCCACGUCGACUUCAACUGCCUCUUCGACAAGGGCCUCACGUUCGAGAAGCCCGAGCUCGUGCCGUUCCGGCUGACGCACAACAUGGUCGACGCCAUGGGCGCCUACGGCGUCGAGGGCCCGUACCGGCUCGCCGCCGAGCUCACGCUCCGCCAGCUGCGCCAGCACAUGGACACGCUCAUGACCAUCCUCGAGACGUUCCUGUACGACCCCACGGCCGACUUCAUCGGCCGGAAGAAGAGGCACACCAAGGGGGUGCCGAGCACGCCCGAGGAGGUGCUGGAGAGCGUCAAGAAGAAGGUGCAGGGCUUCUUGCCCGACGAGACGGUGCCGUUGAGCGUCGAGGGGUACGUGAAUGCGCUGAUCGAGAGGGCGCGGGAUCCGCAUAAUCUGGCGGCCAUGUAUAUCGGUUGGUGUGCUUUCUUUUAG